AUGCCAGAAGAACACUUCCCAGCAGCAGCACAGCAGCGGAUACCCGCGGAGCUGCGACCGCGGCUGUCAGUCUCCACAAAGACGAUCAACACGCGUAACGCCACAGCCGCGCCCGGGAGCGCCCCGCGGGCCCCUCACGCCCAGGCGCUGCCCGGAGCUGCCCCCGCGGCCUCCCCGCAUUCCCCACGCAUCCCUGGGCCGGCCCGGGACCCCGCACCCCGCACGCCGCUCCCCCCGCGGCCCGGGAAGCGCCACUUGCCUGCGAGGCCGGGCGGCUGUAGAGGAGCACAAGUUGAAGAAAUAUGGAGUUUGGAGCCAGAGAACUUUGAAAAGUUGAAGCCAGUACAUGGGCUGAUUUUUCUCUUCAAGUGGCAGCCUGGAGAGGAGCCAGCGGGUUCUGUUGUCCAGGAUUCCAGACUGGAUACAAUAUUUUUUGCUAAGCAGGUGAUAAAUAAUGCCUGUGCAACUCAAGCCAUAGUAAGUGUGCUGUUAAACUGUGCUCAUCAAGACAUUCAUCUAGGAGAGACCUUGUCAGAAUUUAAAGAAUUUUCCCAAAGCUUUGAUGCUGCGAUGAAAGGUUUGGCACUGAGCAACUCAGAAGUGAUUCGGCAAGUUCACAACAGUUUUGCCAGACAACAGAUGUUUGAGUUUGAUGCAAAGUCUUCAGCAAAGGAAGAAGAUGCCUUUCACUUUGUAAGCUAUGUUCCUGUUAAUGGGAGGCUAUAUGAGCUGGAUGGCUUAAGGGAAGGACCAAUUGAUUUAGGUGCAUGCCAUCAGGAUGACUGGAUAAGUGCAGUGCGGCCCGUCAUAGAGAAGCGCAUACAAAAAUACAGUGAAGGUGAGAUAAGGUUUAACCUGAUGGCUAUUGUGUCUGACAGGAAGAUGAUAUAUGAGCAGAGGAUUGCAGAGCUACAGCAGCAACUGGCAGAGGAGGAGCCUAUGGAUACAGAUCAAAGUAGUAAUAUGUUAAGUUCUAUACAAUCAGAAGUUGCAAAAUACCAGAUGUUAAUUGAAGAAGAGAACCAAAAAUUAAAAAGAUAUAAGAUUGAAAAUAUUAGAAGGAAACAUAACUACCUGCCUUUCAUCAUGGAAUUGUUAAAGACUCUAGCAGAGCACCAGCAAUUAAUACCAUUAGUAGAAAAAGCAAAAGAAAAACAGAAUGCCAAGAAAGCUCAGGAGGCCAAAUGAAGAUGACUUUGCAAAACACAUACAGUUACUUGCUUCUGAUACUAUUUUCAUGACAACAAAUAAAACUUUUCAUAAACUUCAA